AUGUCCAGUCACCACGAGGAGAAGUCCGCCCAGGAGUGGGACGAGAGCCAAGAUCACGUAACAGUGGCUUCCCUCGCUGCAUCAUAUGUUCCCGGUUCCCCAGAAGAAAAAAGAUUACUUCGAAAGCUCGACUGUCGAAUUAUUCCAUGCUGCUGGGUUCUAUUUGUUUUAGGCUAUCUUGAUCGGGCGAACAUUGGAAAUGCGAAAACUGGCGGGCUCGCUGAUGAUUUCAAGCUCACCUCAAAUGAAUACUCUGUGAUCCUGUUGCUCUUUUUUGUUUCAUACGUCAUCUUUGAGGUACCCUCUAACAUGAUCAUCGCUCGUGUGCGACCGUCACUUUAUCUCUGUGGCCUUGCCUUGCUUUGGGGCCUUAUCGCAGCAUUGAUGGCUGUCACAAAAAAUUGGCAACAGCUUGCUGGGGUGAGAUUUGUGCUUGGGUUUGUGGAGUCAGGAUUUGCGCCCGGUAUUGCGUUUUAUCUCUCAUCAUGGUAUCGGCGAUAUGAGCUCGCUAGUCGGUUUGCAGUGUAUUAUACGGCUGUCGCAGUAGCCGGUGGUCUCUCUGGGCUCCUUGCUGGCCUCAUCACUCAAUAUCUUGAUGGCGCACGCGACAUUGCAGGAUGGCGUUGGCUGUUUAUUAUCGAAGGAUGUGGUUCAUCCUUCGUUGGAUGUGUGCUUUGGUUUUUCAUGGCUGACUAUCCGUCCAAUACGCGGUGGCUGACUCCUGAGGAGCAGCUACUGGCCGCCCAACGUCUAGCCUUUGAUGGCCUAGGGAAUGCUCAGAGCGCCCAUGGGAGGAUUGGUGAAAAGGAGGCACUGAAAAUGGUUGUAAGAGAUUGGAGGACUUGGAUCUUGGCUCUUCUGUAUGCUCUAGUUACUGGAGCCCAGACGAUUCAAUACUUCAUCCCUACACUCGUAAAAAACUUCGGGUGGGAUGAUUGGGAAGGCCAGUAUCAUACUAUUCCCCCGUAUGCAUGCGCUGUGGUCUGCAUUUUGGGAAUGUGCUUCGUUGCCGACCAUUUCAAAAACAAGGCGAACUUCAUCUCACUCUUUGCCGGAAUUGGUACGGUUUUCUUCAUCAUUGUGUGUGCCAAUACGAACAAUAGUGUUCGAUAUAUAUUCAAUACAUUCGCUUUCGGCUGCAUUUAUGGCACUUCGCCUCUCGUCCUGAUGUGGGUGGCCAAUAUUAUCUGCUACCCCGCUGAGAAGCGAGCCGUGGCUAUCGGACUGGUCAAUGCUCUCGGAAAUACUGCCUCCAUUUACGGUGUGUUCUUGUGGCCCGAUCGUGAUGCGCCUCGUUAUAUUCCCGGAUUCAGUGCAACGACUGUCUGGAUGGGUGCUAUCUGUAUUAUUGCCAUUAUUGCAGGGUAUCUAUUCAAAACACAUCCUAUCGAAGCUCCCGAGCCAGAGGAAGUGGUGGCCGCAGAGAUACGCAGACAGCGAGAGAGAGGUCAGAUUCCAGCAAAGGCAUAA